AUGGCUUGUGUUGAUAGUGACAUGAGCUUCCUCCAUGACGACGAAAGCGAGGUGAGCGACGCUUCGUUCAUGAGCGACGACGAGGAGAAUGUGGCUCCCCCUGUGGCCAAGAGCACAAAGGGGUCGAUGCCUGCUUCUGCCGCACUUUCGGUGCUCUCGCCCAACAAGAACCUUGCUAACACAAGUAAGGGCAAGGGCAAGAACAAGACCAUUGAAGAAACCUAUCAAAAGAAAACUCAACUCGAACACAUUCUGUUGCGUCCGGAUACCUACAUUGGAUCCGUCGAGCCUUUGAAGCAAAACAUGUUCGUUUUGGAUCAGAACAAUGGCCGCAUUGUCAACCGCGAAAUCACAUACACUCCUGGUCUUUUCAAGAUCUUUGAUGAAAUUGUUGUGAAUGCUGCCGACAACAAGCAACGAGAUCAAAACAUGGACAAGCUUGAUAUUACCAUCGAUGCCGCAGCAAAUCUUGUUUCGGUGAAAAACAACGGAAAGGGAAUUCCCGUUGUUAUGCACAAAGAGCACGACUGCUACGUUCCUACAUUGAUCUUUGGUCAUUUGUUGACGGGAUCCAACUUUGACGACGACGAGCAGAAGACCACGGGGGGUCGGAAUGGAUACGGAGCGAAGCUUGCCAACAUCUUCUCGACUGAAUUCAUCAUUGAAUGUUUGGAUUCUACCAAUGGACUCAAAUUCACACAAACCUUCCGUAACAAUAUGGUAGUAAAAGAAAAACCAAGCGUCAAGAAGUGCACAGCUGCCGAAAAAAAGCGUGGAGAUUACACCAAGAUUAGCUUCUCUCCUGAUCUUGCCAAGUUCAAGAUGACCGAGCUCGAUGAAGAUACUGUCGCUUUGCUCUCCAAGCGUGCCUACGAUAUCGCUGGAAGUAUGGUCAACCGCCCUGGCAAGAAGCUAGCAGUCACUUUAAACGGGAAAAAAAUAGCCGUGAAAUCCUUCCAAGAUUACCUCAAGCUAUUUGAUGGUAUCAAUGCUCCAUGUGCUUACGAGAAGGUCGGGGAUCGCUGGGAAGUCGGUGUCUCUUCCACCGAUGGUACUUCCCAGCAAAUCUCCUUUGUGAACGCUAUCUCUACCACCAAGGGAGGAGGUCACGUAAACUACAUUGCCGAUCAGAUUGCUGCUCGUCUUGUCCAAACUAUCAAGAAGAAGAACAAGGGUGGAACUGCUGUAUCAAGCGGAAACAUCAAGAAUCACUUAUGCGUUUUCGUCAACUGUCUUGUGGAGAACCCAUCCUUCGACAGUCAAACCAAGGAAUUCCUCACUACCAGACCCAAGCAAUUUGGAUCUACCUGCAAGUUGAGCGAAAAGUUCCUCAAGGCAGUGGAGAAGAGUGAUAUUGUCGAGACCAUUCUUUCCUUCGCAAAAUUCAAGCAAGGCCGUGAGCUUAAGAAAAUCAAGGGCGUCAAGAAAAUUAAGCUCACUGGAAUUCCAAAGCUUGAUGAUGCUAACUUUGCGGGGGGUGCAAAGUCCAAGGAUUGUACACUCAUCGUCACAGAGGGAGAUUCUGCCAAGUCAUUGGCCAUGUCCGGGCUUUCGGUAGUUGGCAGAGACCACUAUGGGGUCUUUCCAUUGCGCGGAAAGCCAUUGAAUGUUCGUGAUGCCAAUCAUACUCAGGUCUUGAAGAACGAAGAGAUCAAGAAUAUCAUUGAGAUUCUUGGUUUGAAGAUUGGAGCUACCUACGAUGAAUCAAACAUCAAGACACUUCGAUACGGGCACCUGAUGAUCAUGGCUGAUCAAGAUCAUGACGGGUCUCACAUCAAGGGCCUUGUCGUGAAUAUGAUUCACAACUUUUGGCCUUCGUUGUUGGACGUCCCUGGAUUCCUCCAGCAGUUCAUUACACCCAUUGUCAAGAUCUCUAAGGGAAAAGCGACCCAAACUUUCUUCACACUUCCUCAAUAUAACAAUUGGAGAGAGUCCACUGGAAAUGAUGGAAAGGGAUGGAAGAUCAAGUACUAUAAGGGUCUUGGUACCUCGACUAGUGCAGAAGCCAAGGAGUACUUCUCGAAUCUUGACAUGCACGAAAUCCCAUUUGUGCCACUCUCAACCGAUCUUGGAUCCCAAGAAAAUCCAUUGGUUGUGGAUGACAUGGAUGAUGAUUUCAACGCACUAGCACCAGUUCCUGAUCCAGCUGUAUCUUCUGCAACAGGAGCUGACCUCAUUGAUAUGGUCUUCAGCAAGAAACGUGUCACCGACCGUAAGAAGUGGCUGAAUAGCUUGCAGAAGGACACCUUCCUUGAUUAUUCCGCAUCUCACGACACUGGAAUGAAGUAUUCGGACUUCAUCAACAAGGAACUCAUUCUUUUCUCCAAAUCUGAUUGCGAGCGUUCCAUUCCUCAUGUCAUGGACGGUUUCAAGCCUUCGCAAAGAAAGGUUCUAUUUGCUUGUUUCAAGCGCAAGCUCAAGGAUGAAAUUAAGGUCGCCCAAUUGGCAGGUUAUAUCGGUGAACAUUCGGCCUACCAUCAUGGAGAAGCAUCUCUCCAUGGAACCAUCAUCAACAUGGCGCAGUCUUUUGUUGGGUCCAACAACAUCAACUUGCUCACGCCAAGUGGUCAAUUUGGUACUCGUCGCAUGGGUGGAAAGGAUGCGGCGUCCCCACGUUACAUCUUCACCAAGUUGGAAAAGAUCACCAGGGCUAUCUUCCAUCCCGAUGAUGAUGAGCUCCUAACGUACUUGAAUGAUGAUGGAAUGUCGAUCGAACCUGAACACUACAUGCCUGUUAUUCCAAUGGUGCUUGUGAAUGGUUCUGAUGGUAUUGGAACUGGUUGGUCCUCAACUGUCCCAACGUACAACCCUCGCACUAUCAUUUCAAACAUUCGCCGUCUCAUCGAAGGGGAAGAGUUGGAGACAAUGAUGCCGUUCUACAGCGGCUUCUCUGGUCAGAUAAAAACAAAUGGCGAUUCGAAGUUUGCUGUUCACGGAAAUAUCGAGCGUAUGGAUGACACCACGCUGCAAAUUACAGAACUCCCAAUUAAGAAGUGGACCCAAGACUACAAGGAGUUCCUCGAAAAAAUGACUGUUUCGCAGACCAAAAACGUCGAUCCUGAAUUGAAGACAUUCCAGGAGAACCAUACCGAUGCUACUGUUUCAUUCACCAUCAAGGCUGAUAAGGAGAAGAUUGAUGAAUGGGAAAAGCUUCCAAAGGGUGGGCUGUUCGCCAAAUUCAAGCUGAUUGGAUCGCUUUCUUCUGCAAACAUGCAUCUCUUUGAUACCGAAGGAACUAUCAACAAGUAUGCUACUCCCGAAGAUAUUUUGAAGGAGUUCUUUGAUCUUCGAAUGAAAUAUUAUUGUGAUAGAAAGGAGUUGAUGCUGCAAAGGCUCCGUCGUGAGCAAAAUAUGCUCUCCAACAAGGCACGAUUCGUAGAGGAAGUCUGCUCUGGAGAACUUGUGGUCAGCAAUCGAAAGAAGAUCGAGCUCCUUGAGGACCUUCAGGAGCGAGGAUACGAACUGUUCGACAAAAAGGACACUCACAGCAAUGCCGACGACGAAGACGACGCUGAAGAAGAGCCUUCAACCGCUAAUCUAUCCAAGGGAUACGAAUAUUUGCUUGGAAUGAAGAUCUGGUCUCUCACAUACGAGAAGGCUGAAGAACUUCGCAACCAACUUGAAGAGCGUACUGCGGAAUUGAGAACCCUCGAAAAUACCAAGCCAAGUGAGAUUUGGUUGAGCGAUUUGGAAGCCAUCGAGAUUGCCCUUGGUGAAAGAGACGAUGGGAUUCGAGAGGACGAAGCAAACGAGUCAAAGGCGCAAAAGAAAAACAAAAAGCAUCAACAGAAGAAAAAGGCUGCAGCCAAGCGUGGCAAGAAGAAGUCUGACGAAUGGGAUUCCGAUACGGAAGACUCUGAUGAAGAAGAAGACUCCUACAACUCUGACGAAGAAGUUGUCAAAGUCACAGUACCCAAGCAACGAAAGGCAGCUGCAGCCAAACCGGCAACAAAACGUGCUUCUGGCAAGUCCACCACACAAAAGGCCACCAAGCCAAAGGCAGCACCAAAGACAGCACCAAAGAAGACAAUAGCACCGAAGCCAGUUUCCAAGGCUGUUGAAGAGGAUGAAGAAAGCGAUGAAAUCGAGAUGUCCUUGGCUGAAAGACUAGGAAAGAAGCUUCUGGUUUCCCCUCCAACCUCCAAGGCCCGCAAGCCGGUGAUGGACAGUCUCGUAGUUCCUGCUCAACCUACAUUUUCAGAUUCCGAAGACAGCGAUAGCUCGCGAAAGCGUCCGUCGCCAAGAAAUGGCGAAUCGGAUAGUGAUGUCGAAGAAGUGCCCAAGCCAAAAUCGAAGCGUGCCAAAGCAGCCACUUCAGCAGCAAAAAAGAAGCCAGCCCCAAAGAAGAAACCUGCUCCAAAGAAAACAAUGGUUCUAGACUCUGACUCUGAGGACGAUUUCAUCGAUGCUUCCAGCGAUGAAGAAGAGAAUGAGCCGGCUGUCAUGGAUGAGAAACCGCCUGCUCGUCGAGUUGCUUCCCGUGCCCGCAAGACCACCAAGACGGCAUCAUACACAUUCGACGACGAUGGCUCGGACAGUGAAUUCUCUUUUGAUGAAUAA